AAUCCAUUAUCUAUAAGUGAAGCUAGUAGUAUUAACCCUAUUAUAGAGGCAUUUUUAAAACAUGAAGUUGAUAGAUAUCAAAAAAAUAAAAAAUCUCAAUAUAAUCCUACAAUAGAAGCAGAGACAAAGUCUCGAAGCUCAGCUUUCUCAAUACUCUAUACCAAUAUUGCUCCAUUAUACUCUGAAGAAGAGGUUAAUGCUAGAAUUAAAGAAGCUACAGAUAAUUUAUGUCAAGAAUUUAUUAAAUCUACUGAAGAAACCUUAAAAAUUAUUAAGCAACAGAAAGAUAUAGAAUGCAAUCAAAUUAAGAUAGAUAUAGCUAAUUGGAGUACAAAAUUAUUCGAACUUUCAUUAAAAAAAUAUAUUCGAGAUAGUACUAUAUAUAAUUUUAUUUAUGCAUUAGAAGAAAAAGAUGGUAAAUCAUAUUCUAACAAUGGAGUUGGUGUAUAA